UAGCUGUGUGAAGGAGAAGUGUAAUCUCCUCCCCCGCGUGACUCAGCGUAGUGCGCGUGACAAAUCAAUACAGCCGCCAUGACGAAAAAGAGUACUGUUAGAAAUAGAAUCACCGCAACAUCAAACAGAGAUGAAAAGGAUUCUGUUGACAAACAAGGCCAAAGACGCCGGGAGAGACAGGCGCCCAGUGACACCUUCCACCUGGACAUAUGGCUGACUCUGGCGAUCGUAAACUGGAUCUUCGACUUCGGGCGACCGAUUGCUGGCUGGUAUGUUCCAUUGGAGUGGUCUCCCCUGAAUAGGCCCAGCAUCGGCGACUACUUCCACAUGGCGUACAACGUCAUCACGCCAUUCUGCUUACUGAAGCUCCAGGAGCGGAGCCCCCAGAAACUCUCCCCAAGUGUAUCCUACAUCUCCGUCAUUACCUUUGUGAUGGGGGCCAGCAUCCAUCUCGUCGGAGACUCCGUCAACCACAGACUUCCACACGUUGGGUAUGAGCUCCACCUAUCGGUCAGAGACAAUCCCAUCAUGCAACAGCUCAAACCACAGAAACUUGUUAGCUUGUUUGAACUCCUCUACACGUACGAUGAAGAAAUAGGCCAUCUGAUGUGGUAUAUUCCGUUUUUCAUUACGCUUUUCCUCUACUUUCUUGGCUGUUUCCGAAAAAACAACCCCAGUGAUCGAAAGUUGGGGUUGUCAUGGUGGUUGCUGCUGUUUGUAAGCUCCGUAUACUACUGGUAUUUGGUAACAGAGGGACAAAUCUUCAGUGUUUAUAUUUUAACACUGGGCUGUAUGCUGGUGAUCUGGGGAUUCAAAGCUGGGCGAGGAGAGAGACUUGACGUUAACGGCUUGUUCCUAAUUCACACGUUCAACGUGACCUUUGUACUCAUAGUGAUGUGGGUGGUGUAUCUGUGGAACGAUCCUGUCCUCAGACAAAAGUACCCGGGGCUAGUGUACAUUCCUGAGCCCUGGUCGUAUUACUCGCUGCACUUUGUUAACAAGUUAUGAUAAAACAGACGUUGUGAGUGA